AAGGUAUGGUUAGCUUCGGGGUUGACUUUAACAUUAUACACAUCUGGAAAAGGUUUAAAUCCGUGUUCGAAUUAUAUAUCAACGAAUUGUUAACAACUAAACGAUUAUUUAUUUUUAGUCAACCUAUCAUCUACAAGUUCUAGACGUGCAAAAGUCAAAUAUAUUAGCAAGUUUUAAUUACUAAAUUUAAUAUGUUUGCAAAAAUGUCAAACACACAAGAAGAUGGUCUUCUUUAAAUAAAUGGGGCAGACGAAUGUUUCCUAUACAAAAACAAAACAGGCUUUUCUUCUCUCUUCUUCUACCAAAGGGUUUCUCAACCUCAUACAUCAUCUCCACCGCCAUGAGCCACCCGAACCACCACCAGCAGCCGCCGAGCUAUGUCACUGACCCAAACACCAUGUUCGUUCAAGCAGAUCCUUCCAACUUCCGAAACAUCGUCCAAAAACUCACCGGAGCACCACCGGAACUCUCCACAGCACAACAGAAGCUUCCUUUAACUCCGAAGAAACCAGCCUUCAAGCUCCACGAACGUCGUCAGUCAUCCAAGAAAAUGGAGCUGAAGAUCAGCAACGACUCCUUCAGCCAUUUCCACCGAGGGUUCCUGGUCUCUCCCGUCUCUCACCUGGACCCAUUCUGGGCGCGCGUGAGCCCACAUUCAGCGCGUGAGUAUCCUCACCCACCAGCGGACAAUGAAGAGCAAAAAGCCAUCGCGGAGAAAGGGUUCUACUUCCUUCCGAGUCCGAGAAGCGGGGUUGAGCCAGCACCGGAGCUUUUGUCUUUGUUUCCUCUUUCUUCUCCUAACGGCACUAAUCACCGUAAUGAAGAUGAUUAUCGCGACUGCUAAUCAUAAUUUGUAGUCAUACUUUCAGUUUUAGGCUAUAUAUUGAUCUUAAGCUGGUGACAUCUCUGUUGCUUUUUACUUUUUGUUAGGGAUAAUCUAUCUUUCUAUUAUCAUCAUCAUCAUCAUCAUCAUCAUCCUUCAUAAUUAACUUGUUGAAGGGUCAACUAUUUCGCCGCGUGUAGUCCACUAUCAUCAGGAUAUAAAUAUUUAUUCUACAAGUUCUUUUUUCA